CUCAGGAGAAGAAGAAGGAGGGGAAGGAAGCGGUAGGUGCAAACUGAUAACAGAGAGAUGUUCGGACUCUUGGGGAAAAAUAAACCUGUGAAAAUUCGAGGUUAUAGUGAAAACAGAAAGUACGGAGUUGCUGCAAAAAAUGUGAAGGAGCUGCUAAAAAAGAGCUGCAAGUUAUUCCAGUUGCCCCUCACUGGUGCUCGUUUUUGUUUAUAUGAGGACGGGACAGUAGUGACAGAGGAGUUCUUCCAGACCCUGGCAGAUCACACUGAACUUGUUCUUCUGUCUAAAGAGCAGACAUGGAGUGGAGUUGCGUGUGACAUCGGUCAGUUACUGAACACAGACCGGCAUGCUGAUAGGAUCAUUGAAGCAGCAAAGGCUCUACUCUCCGAUGAAAAAUCCACCAAGAAGCGUAAAAUCCUCAGUGACCUGCUACAUAACCUGGACGACACGUCUGAGUGGGAGAGCAGAGACGAAGAUGAAGACUGGUUCAAAGGUGUGGACGCUCGAUUCAAAACAAAGUCUGCCUACAUGAAGUUUAACUGCGAAAGCAGGAUACGAAGUUACAUGAAAGAGGUGGACGAUGCCACCAAAACCAUAGAGAAAGCUAGAGUUAGGACAGAGUUUUUGAAAGCAUCAAAGUGCCUGGCGGAAAUGUUGAAAGCUGCUAAAUACAAUGGCUGCUACUUUGACAGGACCGAAAAGGAGCCACAUCGCCUUUGUACUAAAGAUGGAUGGUUUACCUGCCAGGGACCAUUUGACCAGGCAGAGUGCCAGACUCUCCACUCCAUCAACCCGUACAGCAGCCGAGACAGCAGGAUUGUCUUCAGCACUUGGAAUCUUGACCACAGGAUUGAAAAGAAGAGGACGAUAAUCCCCACGCUGUUGGAAGCUCUACAGAAUCACAAGAGCACUGAUAUCAACUUGAAAUACUUCUACCAACUGUUGUUCAGCAGGAAAAACCUUAAGCUCGUCCACAUCGUUUGUCACAAGAAAGGACACCACGACCUCUUAUGUGAUCCAAAAAAGAUUGUUAUAAAUGCCAGUCAUGUAGACAAAGCCAAACAGAAGCCCAAAGUCAAGAAAAGGCGCCUGAAUUGAGUCUUUUUAGGAAAAAAUAAUGCUCAUUAGUAUGAGCUACUGAUAAAUCUGAUUAUUACCAGAGAGCACAAAAGUUCACUAACAAGAUCAAAUCAGGAGGGAUUAGGUGGCCUCACCUUGUUUACUUUAUUUUUUAAACCUUGAGCCCAUGUAACUUUCAGGGAUUUUAACUUUUGUAGAUUUAAAAGAGAACUUAAACAGCACUUGAAAUCAUGAACAACAUUUAUUUAUUCUUCAUGUUGGCACGGCAAUGUAAAAUACAUGAAUUGAUUACAAAGACUACUCAAUGAAUGAGGCAUUCACAAAGUCAGAAAGUUGCAUAAAUGUGAAAAGCAAUUUGCAUAAAUAAGGCAGUAAAAAUAUAUAAAAGAUUUGAUUGUGAUGGUCAGAGUAAUCAACUUUAUACAAAAUAGUACAAUAGAUGUGAAUAGCAAAAGUGCAAUUACUGUUAACCUCCAGGUUAGAUGGUUAGAUUUUCACUCAGGACUAAGUUGUCCUCUAAUUAUUUCCAGAUUUCAGUGUUUUAAACAAUAUUUUUUUGUAUACAGUUGUCAUUUUUGUAAAUAUGAACUCAUGAGGAACCGUAUCACAGAAAUUAGUUGCAUUGAUAUGUGUAUAUACAGACAUGAUAGAAAGCUGCCAAAAAAAACUGAACACACGUGUUGAGGAAUAUUAGACACUUGGUGAAUCAUGACUCUUAUGCAAUAAACUGUUGACAUUCAUAUGAAACAAUGA